AUGAUUUUGGACUGUUCGGCUCUGUUGGGGGCUACAUGCGGUAGCUUUUCUCCUGGUAUCUUUCUAUAUCUGUACCGUGGGCUAAAGACACGUCGCUGCGGCGUGACGGAGCGCGAUGAAUUGCUGAAAGAACUCCAAAAUCCAGGCCAUACCAACUGGGAUCCUUUCGAAUUCCCAGAGACUCUUUUACUGGAGAUUGAAAAUGGAAUCCUCAUUCGGGACGUGCAGGAGAAUAUUGCACAACAGAUGAGGAACUUUCCUUCGGGAAAAAAUGGCGUGAUGCAGUUGAAUAUGGGCGAAGGUAAAUCAUCGGUAGUCAUUCCUGUCGUGGUCACGGCUCAUGCGAACGGCUCAACUCUGGCACGGGUGCUUGUGGCUAAGCCACAAUCGCGACAAAUGUUUCAAAUGCUGGUAGCGAAGCUAGGUGGCCUCUUGGGUCGGCGCGUCUAUCACAUGCCCAUCUCGCGCUCUUUGAAAUUGGGAGAAGCCGAAGCAGAUGAAAUUGAACGAAUGUGCAUUGAGUGCAUGUCCCUCGGCGGGGUGCUACUCGUCCAGCCUGAACACAUACUCUCUAUGAAGUUGAUGUGCCUUGAGUGCUUCAUUGUUGGCAAACCCAAUGUGGGCCGCUCUCUUCUUCGAAUCUUGCAAUUUUUUCAGAACUCCUCGCGUGAUAUCGUGGAUGAGAGUGAUGAGAACUUUAACGUCAAGUUCGAGCUAAUCUACACCAUGGGCGCUGAACGCUCGGUCGAACUAAGCCCGCAACGAUGGAUGGUGAUACAAGAAGUUCUGCAUUUGGUAAGAGAAUACGCCGACCGCGUGAAGGUUCGACUGCCUCAGUCUAUCCAACUUAAUCAGCACCAACGUGGUAGAUUUCCACGGAUCCGCUUGCUCGAUCGCGAUGCUGAACAGGCUCUUCUCACAUAUAUCGGAACCCACAUAUGUGAAAGCGGAAUCGGUUCCCUGCCGAUCUCGAGGCAGGCUAAGCCUAUGAGAGAUGCCGUGUCAACCUACAUCAUGAAGUCAGAUCUCACAGCUCAUGAGAUCGCGGCUGUGGAAGGUGACGGUGCAACAGGAUUUUGGGGAGAAAGCACCCGGAGUUCCCUGCUUUUGGUACGAGGCUUGCUUGCUGGAGGCGUUCUGGCCUUUUGCUUGGCUCAAAAGCGAUGGCGGGUGAAUUAUGGGCCUGAUCCGAACCGAGAUCCGCCGACAAGGCUUUGUGUGCCAUACCGGGCCAAGGACAGCCCUUCUCUACGCUCUGAAUUCAGUCACCCAGACGUCGUCAUCCUGUUGACGUGUCUGAACUACUACUAUUCAGGGCUCCAGGAUGAUGAUAUAUUCCUGGCCUUCAACCACCUUCUCAAAUCCGAUCAGGCUGAUGCGGAGUACCAAGUGUGGGUGGACGAUGCACCAACGCUUUCUCCUGCUUACCAUCAGCUAGUGGGAGUGAAUUUGGACGAUCCACAUCAUUGUACGGAUCAAAUCUUCCCUGCGCUUCGAUUUUCAAAAGCCACUGCGGACUACUUUUUGACCCACAUUGUUUUCCCGAAAGAGAUGAAAGAGUUCCCUGACAAGUUGUCGGCGUCUGGCUGGGAUAUCGGAGAAAUCAAGUCCUGUCCCACUGUCGGAUUUAGUGGGACGAAUGAUUCGCGGCAAACCCUGCCAUUAAGCGUGCGUCAACUCGAUCUACCUGAGCAAAACCACACAAACGCCUUGGUCCUGGAGUAUUUGCUACGACAAGAAAACUCUGUGGCUUGCAUCCCUCAUCCAAGUGACCCAUGCAAAUCAGAUGCUCAAACCCUGUUGGAUUUAGUGUUGAACUUAGAGCCACCCGCUCAGGUGAUCCUUGACGUGGGCGCACAGAUUUUGGAGCUCAGUAACCAUGACAUGGCAAAGGCCUGGCUACGCAGAAUUCCAGCGGGGGCCGAACGCAAGCGAUCGUUUUCGUGA